AAAUGGCUGAGCAAAAGAUCGAGAGCCCCGUCUUCGAGAAGGUUCCAGUCAAGGAGGCGGCACCUGAGAAGCCAACCGCCGACAAGGAGAACGGAGCACCGGCCGCCGACAGCGGGGCACUUUCCGGUGCCGUCGAUGGUGAAAAGGCGACCGCCGAGGCCGCUGACAAGGAGGAGGAGUCCGCCGCCGAUGGCGAGGAGGCCAAGAACAAGAGCAUCGAAGCAGCUCCAGCUGAUGUUGAGAGCGGCGAGGAGGCCGCCAUCGGUGCCUCACCAGAUGCUCCUGCCGUCGGGCCCGUGAAGCGGAAGGUGGACGUGGCCGCCGCCAAAGCCGAUGAGGCCGGUGCCACGCCGGAAAAGAAAAGUAAGCUGGAGGAGGAAUGCACAAGGGACUAGGUGCAGAACGGCGCCUAGAUCUACUUAAUAAUAUAUACUAACACAACAAUCACUCGCAAAUCACACAAACACACAAAGACACUCAGCGGACUCUACCCAACCACCUUUCCAACGAUCGAUCCUGCAAAGGGGAGCGCAGUCUUGUAGCGCACCGAUCUGUUCUUCUUAUCUUUACUAACACACCAACAACCGACCAGGACACCAACAACAACAAACGAGAAAC